UUAAUGCGGUGAUUCAAGGGCAUCUGAAAGCUGGGGAGGAGCGGCACCCCUGAAUAAUCGGGUUACAGAGGCAUUUGAACAGGCCGGAUAUUUAAUAGAUCCGGCUGUUCCCGUUUCAGCCUAAGGGAAGGGGGGCAGGGAGUGACACUUUCUGUGCCCGGUGCGGUGCCGGUGGCAGCGGCCACGUUGAAAGCGCUGCCCGACCUUCUCCCCGUCCUCCCGCAUCGGGCUAAAUGGGCCGCACCGGAUCGCGCAUGAGCAGGAAGAAGUAAGAGGCGAAAGAGAGGAAGAGGGAGGGAGUCUGUCACUUUACAAACAUGAAUAAGCUGAAAUCCUCACAGAAGGAUAAAGUUCGCCAAUUCAUGCUCUUCACCCAGUCCAGUGAAAAGACUGCUGUAACCUGCUUGUCACAGAAUGACUGGAAAUUAGACGUUGCCACGGAUAAUUUCUUCCAAAAUCCAGAACUGUACAUCCGAGAUAGUCUGAAAGGAGUAUUCGAUAAGAAAAAGGUGGAACAGCUGUACAACAGAUACAGAGAUCCUCAGGACGACAACAAGAUUGGCAUAGAUGGAAUCCAGCAAUUCUGUGAUGACCUGGGACUGGACCCAGCAAGCAUAAGUGUGCUUCUGAUUGCAUGGAAGUUCAGGGCAGCAACGCAGUGUGAGUUUUCCAAGCAGGAGUUCAUGGACGGAAUGAUCCAGCAAGGGUGUGACAGUAUAGAAAAGUUGAAAGCUCAGCUGCCAAAGAUGGAACAAGAGUUAAAAGACCAAGGAAAGUUUAAGGAUUUUUAUCAAUUUACAUUUAACUUUGCAAAGAAUCCAGGACAGAAAGGUUUGGAUUUAGAAAUGGCAAUCGCAUAUUGGAAUUUAGUACUUGCAGGAAGAUUCAAGUUUAUUGAUUUGUGGAAUCAAUUUUUAUUGGAACACCACAAAAGAUCUAUACCAAAAGACACCUGGAACCUCCUGUUAGAUUUUAGUACCAUGAUUGCUGAUGACAUGUCCAAUUACGAUGAAGAAGGAGCAUGGCCCGUCCUCAUUGAUGACUUUGUGGAGUUUGCACGGCCAAAAAUUGACACCAAAAGCACCACGGUUUAAUGAUUGCUGAUCCUGUUUGAUGAACAUGCAGGAUUUUCAACAUGCGAACACCGUUGGCGUGGCAGUGAAUAAAAUAUGGACUAGACUGAGCUUUAGGUCAAAUCCUGUCACUCAUCUCCCAGGAUUAAAGCCGUACAGCAGACAUUCUUAAGUCAUAUCUUCUCGAUCAUCUGAUGGUGGUUUGGGCCUCUUUCUAGUACGGACCUCCUUUUUGUAUUUCUUCCGGCAGCUGGAGUUUAGUCGAUAUUCUGGAACAUCCUUAUUCUUUUUCUACCAGUGUUAGGCUGGUGCCAUUUGUCUGAGGCAGCCGUUACAUACGUGGAGCACAGCUGCUGCUUAAUCACAAUGCAAUGGGCUGUGAGGCAACGUCACACACUUCAAAUCACUUCAUUUUAAUACUAUGUUGAAAUGGCUUUCCUCCCUAUUUUAAAGUGUGGAUUCUUCUUUUUGUUUUUUUUUAUUUAAUACCAGACAUACUUCUGUUGUAGCUCAACAUAACUCUACAUGUCUGGCACAUUGUUUCAUGUGGAUAAUCAGUAUAUGCUUCUGGGUCACUAAAUUGUCUGCAAACAUUGAUUAAUUUUGCUUGUCUGACCUAUAAUGUGUUUCAAUUUGCUUAACAGGUUUUGUAUGUACAAGGACACACUUGAUAUAGGGUUUCUUGCAAUGUUUUUAGGUUUGAUUUUGCUAAAUACAUAGAAUGGUGACUUUGUUACACAGCAUCAGCUGCUAAAGAAGAUUAAACUCCAGUCUGCUGUACAAUAAGUGAAAUGCCAACUGAGGAAUCGGAGUUUGUUUAGGAUCCUUCUCACGUUAUAUAGAAAAAUGGACAUUCACUUUAGUGUUGUAUGGUUAGAGAGUGAAGGCUCCGGUGCUCACAGAAUAGACAAAGAUGCCGCCUUCUAGCACAACGCCGAAAAUCGUUUAAGUUAUUUUUUGUUUUAAAAUGUCUUGUUUUUUUUCAAUUUUUAUGAAAGAUGAAUAAAAUUUAGUCAAAAGAUG